AUGUCGACAAGCGAGUCCAAGACCACUGCGUCCGCGCAAUUUUUGUCGAACAUCAUUGGCCAGUCGGUCGUUGUCAAAUUGCACAACGGCAUGCUUUACCAGGGCGUGCUGGAAUCCAUAGACGGAUUCAUGAACAUUGCACUUAACCAAGCCACAGAGCACUACGAAACUGACGCUAAUGGGCUGCUACACAGAUACGACGGGGAUGUUUUCGUCAGAGGCACUCAAGUCCUGUAUAUCAGCGAGGCAUGA